UGUGGUGGGGUUAGUGUUGUGAAUGAGCCGGUAGUGCAGGAGCUGAGCCGGAGAGUGAGAGGCGGCAGGAGCGGGAGCUCAGGCCGGGACAUACAGCCGCACUCCAGCACCGUGCCCGCCUCAGUCACGCGAAGCCAUGAGCCAGCCACGGAGCGGGCUGCUGUCCACCAUCCAGACCCGGGUCUGCACCGACAACUUCAGUAACUGCUACACGCUGGUGGGCAAAGAGCUCGGCAGAGGUAAAUUUGCAGUUGUAAAAAAAUGUACCGAGAAAGCAACAAGGAAGGAAUAUGCUGCCAAAUUCAUGAGAAAAAGAAGGAAGGGUCAAGACUGUCGAAUGGAAAUUAUUCACGAGAUUGCAGUAUUAGAAUUGGCUGAAUCCAAUCCUUGGGUCAUCAACCUGUAUGAAGUCUAUGAAACAGCAUCAGAAAUGAUUCUAGUUUUGGAAUACGCUGCUGGAGGUGAAAUUUUUAACCAAUGUGUAGCCGAGAGGGAAGAGGCCUUUAAAGAAAAAGAUGUCAAACGGCUCAUGAGGCAGAUAUUAGAGGGUGUGGCUUUCUUGCACCGAAACAACAUCGUCCACCUUGAUUUAAAACCACAAAAUAUUCUUCUGACGAGUGUGUCACCUCUGGGAGAUAUAAAGAUAGUUGACUUUGGCCUUUCACGACAAGUCAAUAAUAAUGAAGAGCUUAGAGAAAUUAUGGGAACACCUGAAUAUGUGGCUCCUGAAAUUUUAAAUUAUGAGCCGAUCAGCACAGCAACAGAUAUGUGGAGUAUAGGUGUCCUUGCGUAUGUGAUGCUAACAGGCAUUUCUCCAUUCCUGGGAGAUAACAAACAAGAAACUUUUCUCAACAUUUCCCAGUUAAAUCUCAGCUUUACAGAAGAUGAUUUUGAGAACAUCUCCAAACAGGCCAUAGACUUCAUCAAGACGUUGCUUGUUAAGGAGCCUGAAGAGCGAGCUUUAGCUGAGGAGUGCCUCAGGCAUCCAUGGUUGGCUUUUGAAUGCGAUGAAACAGAAUUUGUCACUGAAGCUUCAACCAACGCCCUUGAAUCUAAAGCUUUGGAAGAAUCAGAAACACAAAACCAAGAAACAGAAGAGCUCAUUGUCAUGGCAUCAUACACAUUGGGACAGUGCAGACAGUCUGAGAAAGAAAACAUUAAAACUGACCAAAAAGCCAUCUCCAAACGCUUCAAAUUUGAAGAACCAUUUAAUACCUUACAGGAAAUUUCAGGAGAGUUUAUCUAUUGACUUAUGUUAUGGAAAUACACACUACAUUUUAAAAAGAGUCUUUUAAAAAACAGACUCUGACAAAACAGUUAUUUUGUGAGCUUCAGUUUCACUAUAGAUACUCAAACAAAAACUGUUUUAAUGCUAAAUGCCAAGCACUGUUGUGCUGUGCUUCUGAUACAAUAUGUUAACAAUGUUCAAAGUAAAGCUCAGCAGAGAGUAUAAAGGGUUGGUGAUAACUGAAAUGCUUUCCUUCAGAACAUAAUUCAGAGCUGAUACUUAUUUCACAAAAGAUGACUGGCAGAGCAUUAAUUGGAAUAUCCAUUCUAUUUGCACAAGUGGUGGUGGGGCGGGGAGGGGGGUAGGGGAGAAGAAAAUAGAUCUAGAUUGAUCCUUUAAGCCGCUGUACUGUCAGCAAUAAAAGUAUGCAGUUCUUGUGAAUAAUGCACUUCAACGUUUUGUUUGAAUUCUAAAAGUACCUGUUCCCUAAAAUAUUUACAGCAAGCUAUAGUUACAAAUAACACACAUUUGGGAUUUAUGUUGCUAUCUAGAAUUAUUUGCUACAUUCCUUUUCUUUUUAAGCAUGUAUGAAUUAAUUAGACAAGUCAAAGGUUGGUUUCUUUGACUUUUCUUAAACUUGAUUGAUUUCAUUUUUGAAUAAUUAUAUUGUUUGUAUAUGUAUUUUUUAAUGUUUGAAUAUUUUUGUGAAUGGAAACAAAUGCUUAAAUUUCCCAGGAUGAGAUGAACUUAUUCAGGAAAAUUGCUGCACGAUGGACAGCGAUAGAUGUUACUCUAUUGGUGCCUUACAGAUUAGAAAUGUAUAUGGUAUUCAUUAUGCACAGGACUGCAAAAUUUAAUUUGUUAAAUGUACAUUUUUUUAAUGGUAAUCUGGUUAACAGUAAGCUAUUUGUUAGCUUUCGAAUGAAUUACAAAGCUAUUAAAGCGACACAUUUAUGAAUCCAUUUAAAAAUACAUUUUAAAAAUUAUCCACAUCAGUGUACAGUCAGCAGAAUAGAGGACCAUUAUGUUGUAACAAGCAACAGAAUCACUGGUCUUGAGGAAUUAGAACAAGUUUAAUUAUUAAAGAACAGAACUAAGUUCUGGACAGCAGCUUCUGUUUGUGCCAGAUUAUUAUAUUCAGUAUUUCACACCAAUUUAAAAUUCUACAGCACAAAAAUGUACAUUUUCACAAGAUAAAAUUUCCAUUUAAAAAAAAAACUCAGGGAUCCCUGAAUAUUGCCAUAUAUUUUAAUUAUGAUUAUUUUUACUAAGUAAAGAUUUUUUUUAAAAGUAAUCUUAGUCUCGUUUCUUAAAUUCACAUUGCACCCAUUUUCUUUGAUUUCUUUCCCCACCCUCAAUAAGUUACUGCACAAUUAAUGUAAAUAUUAACCUUUUGGUUAAAACAAAUAUUACUGGCCGUUUAAGGGCUAAUGGGGUAAUAAUAGAUGAAAGUGAUACAAAGCUGCUUCCAAGCCUUGAAGUAGAUUAUCAGAAUACAUUGCCACGUCACCCAAUCUACAGAAUUUGUCUGCAGAUGGUGCUAAAUGGAAUACAACCUCAACUAACAGAACAAGUUUUUGCUACUAAAGAUCUUUUUUCUUACUUCUGCAUCUAAAAUGUUAACCAGUAUUUUUGAUAAAUUUAUUUCUGGUAAGUUUGAGGUAGCCAUAGCCAUGUUUUCAUAACUAUAUAGUAAAAUCUAAUUUUCUCAUUGAUUUUAAGUUGAACUUUUGACAGUGUUACCUUUGUGUUCAGAAGUAUACUGUAAACUUAACAAUUGCUAGCCAAUUCUUUUACCUGCAGUAAUAGUUGGGGAGUGAGGGGCUGUGGGUGAGGCAGUUUUGUAUCUUUAUGAUAAAGAUGUACAUAUUCCUUGAAUAAACAUAU